UUAGCCACGCCAUCAAACCUUGAAUAUAUUUCAUAUGAACCUGCCAUUUGUCCACAACUUCCGCCAUCAUCUACAACCUUAUCUCCAUUCAUUCAUUCCUUUCCGCUUAUUGCGCGUACCAAUCUCAAAUUCUUCUCCUUCUCGCAAUGCUCCAAUCCAAUCAAUCAUCUUUCUCUAGUAGUUAACAAAAAAGACGUUGAAGAAACACCAGAUUGAGUUCUGAAAAUGUCGGGUGGGGUCGGUCCAACGAGUGAUAUUAGCCUACCAAAGGAAGAAGAAGUUGUCCACAAAGAACAACAAGACCACUCGCUCAAGAACAGCAAGAAUGCCUCGAAAAGCGUCACCACGACGCGCAGGGUUGGAUUCCUCUCUUUCCGGCAGCUAAAUUGUUUGGCAGUGGGGAUAGUCCUAUCAGCAAGCGGCAUGGUUAGCCCCGAAGACUUUGGCUUCGUUGUGUUCUCCAUAUUCUACAUGUACUUCAUCGCAAAGGUUGCUUUUCCACCUCUUCAUCCAUCAAAGGAAGCACAAGUUUUCAGCCCUCAAAACAAGGUCCUGAAGCUUUACGUUCUGGUUGGUGCCAUCAUUGGAUUAUAUGCUCCCAUAGCGUAUAUCUUGGAAGGUAUCUUUGAGGGCGACAAGGAAGGUAUCAAGGCAGCAGCACCCCAUGUAUUCCUGUUGGCAAGUCAAGUUUUCAUGGAAGGCGUUGCAUUCUCGGGGAGAUUCUCAACACCAAUAAGGGCAUUUGUACCCGUGUUCUACAACUCAAGGAGGAUCUUCAGCAUUGUGGAUUGGCUUAGGAGUGAGAUCUACAAGAUCAAUGAGGAGCACAGUGGGUCUGAUAGGAGGGUGUAUGUUGGGAGGGCUCUUGCAGUGGCUAACAUGGCCUUCUGGUGCUUCAACUUGUUUGGCUUUCUCUUGCCUGUUUAUCUUCCAAGAGUUUUCAAGCUCUAUUACUCUGCUCCCAAGGACAACUAAUUAAUGAUUCUUAGUAGUACUAAUCAUGUUUUGAUCUUUAGACUAUGUAUGUAAUUUUAUUUUACUUUGAUGUAUAAGGUCUUGAACCAUACUUUCUGUAUGUUAGCAUGCUUAACAAAGUAAAGGUAAUAUACAUAUUAUAUGUA